CUCCGCCUCUGCCCCGCCCAGCCUCUCCCCUCCCCCACUGCGAUAUCCCCUCAGCCUCAGACCCCAGCUCUCCGCCUGCCGCGGCAGGUUCCCGCGCGGCCCCGGAGAGUUUGUGUGGCUCGGUGUUGACCAGACCUUGUGGAUGCAGUUAGUGCCGGAGGCCAGCCCAGUCGGUUACCAGGGUCAUUCCCGCCGUCUGGGUUUGCCCGGCCCGCCUGCCCUCCUGUUGUCUUCUCCACCAGGUUUUCGGCUACUGAUGUUACAAAUAAUAAAAUAUUGGAUCAUAGAGUUGAAGAAAAGGCAUAAGCCAGAUUUUUCUUCAAUUAGUUAAAAAUAUGGAAUCUGAAACAGAGGGAAUACCGAUUAUCAAAGUCACACCUCUUCAACAAAUGUUUGCCUCUUGUACUGGAGCUAUACUGACAUCACUAAUGAUGACACCUAUGGAUGUUGUUAAAAUUCGACUCCAAGCCCAAAACAACCCAUUCCCCAAAGGAAAAUGUUUUGUAUAUAGUAAUGGACUCAUGGAUCAUCUAUGUGUCUGUGAAGAGGAAGCCAACAAAGUAUGGUAUAAGAAGCCAGGAAAUUUCCGAGGAACAUUGGAUGCCUUUUUAAAAAUUGUUCGAAAUGAGGGCAUUAAAUCCCUGUGGAGUGGUCUUCCUCCUACCCUAGUGAUGGCAGUUCCUGCCACAGUUAUUUAUUUUACUUGCUAUGAUCAAUUAACUGCUCUUCUGAGAUCUAAAUUAGGAGAAAAUGAAACCCGCAUACCAAUUGUUGCUGGAAUUGUAGCCAGAUUUGGUGCAGUUACUGUGAUAAGUCCAUUAGAAUUGAUUAGAACCAAGAUGCAAUCUAAGAAAUUUUCUUACAAGGAACUGCAUCAGUUUGUCAGCAAGAAAGUGUCUGAAGAUGGUUGGAUUUCCCUUUGGAGGGGCUGGGCUCCUACUGUUCUAAGAGAUGUACCUUUCUCAGUUCCUAUGCCUUUGCAUAUGUCAACUUGGAUUAUAAUGAAGAACAUUGUUGCUAAAAAUGGAUUUUCUGGAUUAUUUACAGGCAUAAUUCCUCGUGUAAUUAAAAUUGCUCCUGCUUGUGCCAUUAUGAUCAGUACAUAUGAAUUUGGAAAGGCUUUUUUCCAGAAACAAAAUGUUCAAAGGCAGCAAUACUAGUAAUGCUGUUUCAACUUGAAAUAACAACUAUAGCCAAAUAAGGUGGAGGCAUUUAAGCAAGAACUUUGUUCACCAUUAUUUUCUUAAAAUGAUUUUAUGUCUUUCUUUCCUAUAAUUUAAAUAAAUUAUUUCUACUCUACCUCUAAAUCAUAAUCCUAAUUUUAAAGUAAAUUUUAUCCUAUUUUUGGAGAUAAUGAAAAAGAUAUUCAAGAAAUCACAACCAUUGAGCAUUCUUAUAAGAAAACAUGCAAAAUUAUUUGUUAGCACUGAAAGCAGUUUCUGAGAGUUUAAUAUUGUAUGUUUCAGUGUAAAUUAAUCUUAUUGAGAAUGUGUCAGAUAUAUCAGAACUUUUUGAAUUGUAUGCUGAAUGAUGCACAGAGUCUAGAGGAAAAAAGCCUAAGUCUUUUUUUUUUUUUUUUUGAGACAGAGUCUUACUCUGUUGCCCAGGCUAGAGGGCUGUGGCAUCA